UGCACAUCAUCACCAAAUAAAACGAGUGAAAGAUGGCUGACCGGAUAAACCUAUGUCAGCGGCACCCAUGAACGCACCUUAGCGCCCAAGACCUUUCCCAAUACAUUGCCUACCUUCAUCAACCCCCCAGGAGCCAAUUCCAGACGAACUUGCACCACGCCAGCGUGGGCAUCCCCUUUUUUCUGGAUUGCGACACCAUAUAUCUCUCAUUCGGGACUGUGGUCUUUAUACUGCCUCCCUCAAGCUUGACGCCGCUGAUAUCUGGGUGCGAGGCACUAAUUUCCUCUUUGUCACUGGCAACAGGAGCAUUAUGGAAGAGUGGCAAGUCCAGCCACAAACGAUGAAUCCUACUGGGCUAUUGGGGCGGGGCUCGCGUAGGAAGCUCGACCUCGUGAAAUGCGAUCACUGCCGUAAAGAUAGAAAGAAGUGCACACCACAACCACGCCAAUGGCCUCAGAGAUGCGAUCGUUGCGAAGACAAAGGCUUCAAGUGCUCGCCCAGCACACAGGCUCGCAAGCGAAGAAGAGAAAACCCAAGAGGCCUCCUGCUCUCGGCAAGCUUCUUUCCUCAGGACCGCCCAUCGACUCAUCCUUGUGACGAUUGGACCCAUGCAGAUUUGUCGGACGCGAUUAGCUUCUUGAAGAUUUUGUAUCGAGUGAGAACGAAAAUAUCCCUUUGGGAAAAGGAACUAGGUACUAUAUACGUGCGGGAGGACAUUAAAACCCUUUGCGACAUCGGGUGUGAAUUCGUUACUGUCAUAGAGACUCUCCAUGAGAAUCUCCUCGAACACAUCGCUUCCAAAAUUGCUGGUCUUUCGACCAGACAAAACGAUUCGGAUAACACGGCGUUAGAGGCCUCCAGAUUACAUCUUGCGGCCUGCAGCAUUCUGCAAGCCAAAAACACCGAAUGGAAUGAGAAAGACUACGAAUCAUUCUCUGUUACCGAAUCCACCCUCAUCAACUCAAUCAUCAAGAGUAACCUCCUCAACGACGAGAUAGGUGCUGUUUUGAUCUUGGAGGAUGAGAUUUUGGCCAAGAGGGGACAUAACCGCAAAGACAGCUUACAUGCCGUCGAAACCCUCGCCAGUCGAUUUGAGAUGUUCCGUCCUGUCAUGGAGAAACUGUGGAACUGGUGCACGGUGCCAUCCAAGGCAACUAAUCAACUGUACGGAGGGAUGUCUGUAAUGGAAAGGUUUCAAAAUGCUUCCGUCAUUGACGUCAAUGCUACUUGGAUUCGAACAUUGGUCAUGGAAAAGGCUACCUGGAGCCUACAGGACUGUCUUGGCUCCCCCAUUCUGCAUGGUGUUCUUCGAGGACUUGGCCGAGGGCUGUGGACCCCAUCACGAGAAGAGGAAAAGUACCUAUACAGCAACAUCGGCCCUUACUGCGCCCAACACAAUCCGGCAGACAUUCUCGGUCGCUCUGCCAUACACAUUGCCGUUCAAUACAACGUACCUGGAGCUGUCACAGCUCUACUUGAGUCAGGUAUCAAUCCCGACCAGGAGGCCGACAACGGGAAGCUCGCACUGCACUUGGCAGCCGCCUCAGGACAUUUGGAGGCUUGCAAAGUUCUCCUGAACCACACCGAGAAAGCCUAUUUCCCUGAUCACCUCGAAAAGACUGCUCUAGACUAUGCUUUACGCAAUGGCAAUCGGGAUAUUGUUAGGCUUUUAUUGGAGAGUGGCACUGGGGAUUACGUCGCGAGGAUUUCGUGGAUGGCACUAUUUGAUGCCAUGGAGCAAUGUAAAACCUUUGGUGUGUGCACAGAGGUUUUGAAUUGGUACGAAAAGGCAUUUGCCCCUGCCUCCCUUGACACUCUCCAGGAUAGCAAUGGAGACACAUUGCUACAUGUCGCAGUUCUUGUGGGCAAUCUCGAGGUUGUUCAGGAACUUGCAAAACGGAGUGGCAAGUGGCGCCGGGGCUCGAUCAACCUACAAGAUGAAGACGGCCGAACAGCACUAUGCUUAGCGGUGUGGAAAAAAAAAGAAAAGGACUCGUUAGCUAUCAUCCGGACUCUUUUAGGGAUUGACGGGAUUGACAUCGACGUUCAGGAUCACGAGGGAAAGGCGCCAAUGGAUUAUGCAAAAGAAUACGAACUAUCUCUUGUGGUGCGCAUGUUGGAAAAUAAGCAGAAUGCAUCAACUCGAGGAGAGGCCACCAAUCCCAGUAAACACUGCCUGCAGACAACUUAUUCUGUGCCAGAGGGUGUCGCUUUACCUCUACCUUCACAGCAGCCACUUCACCUCCUGCCUCCUCUUGCUUCAGAACCAGGGUAUUGGUCGCAAAGUUAUUCUCCUCAUUUCUCCCAAGACAACAACAACAACCAACCAUUCUGAGCCUUCACCUUCAUCCCGCCUCGGUCAUAUACCAUAAUCAGGCCAGUUUCGUUGGUCUACAUGUGCCCUGAGGAUGGUCAACGGUGUUGUCGGGUCUGCCUUGAAGUCAGGCAUGCGAGUUUAUUAGUGUGGUUUCCUUUGCUUUUGUUGUUGCAGAUCCAUUCAUCUGUGUUUAAUUUCUUUCACGAUAUGAAAGGUCAUGCUGAGGUUGGGAUGAACAUAAUGCCGCCUUCAAGAAGCUCAUGGGAGACUAUGUAGGUACCUAGCUAAGCCUCUCUACUGAUAGAUCUCAGCGAGGGAAGUCGGUUUGCUUUAUCAGAAGUCUCAGGUAGUUUGCUUACCAACCUUGGAUAAUACCGUUACGAAGUUUGUAUAAAUCGUAUAAAACUUUGGAUGCCUCAGAUAACAGGCUUCUUUGUAAGGUCGGGUAUUUGAAGCUAUUGAGAACCUUAUGCCUGCAA